AAUUUAUCCCCCCCCAAAAAACCCAAAGUUUUAGAAAUUUUGAUCAUGCCAACUGGAAAGAGAGUUCGACGAACAGUUUUCUCUGAUAGUGAAACCGAAGGGACCGAGAUUGCUGAAGAAGAACCGAGGCAGACUAGAUCUAGCUCCAAGAGAGCACGUCGAUCUGCAACAGAAGAAAUUAAUGGCUUUCCAGACGAAAUGUCUUUUGAAGAUAACUAUUUUGAGGACGACGAUUUUAGUAGAGAAUCGGCAGAAGAACUGGAAAGAGCGAAACUAAGGAGAAAGAGCUCAACUGGGUUGACAGCAGAAUCUAGUGUCAUUGAAUCAAUAGAAUUAGUGGAUUUUAUGUGUCAUAAAUUCCUCAAAGUCAAUUUUGGUCCAAAAAUCAAUUUCAUAAUCGGUCAUAAUGGAAGUGGUAAAAGUGCCAUUUUGACCGGAAUCACUGUUUGCCUUGGAGGUAAAGCCAAUGUGACAAACCGAGCAUCAAACUUAAGGUCCUUGAUUCGCGAAGGCGCGAGUGUUGCACAAGUAACAUUGAAGUUGCGGAAUCGAGGGGCAGAUGCUUAUCGUCACGAUAUGUAUGGUGAUUCUAUUAUUAUCGAACGUAGAAUUAGUCGAGAUGGUAGUAAUGGUUAUAAAAUCAAAACAUGUGGUGGAAAGGUAGUUUCCGGAAAACGGGAUGAAUUAACCGCUAUUUUAGAUCAUAUGGCAAUUCAAGUAGACAAUCCCAUGAAUGUUCUAUCACAAGACACUGCACGUCAAUUUUUACACUCUUCAAGCUCAGAAGAUAAGUAUAAGUUUUUUAUGAAAGGAACUCAAUUGACACAAUUGAGUGAAGAUUACGAAUUAAUACGUGAAAGUAUCGAAACGACCCAAAAUAUUAUUAAGCACAAAAAAGAGGUGCUACCAGAUUUACUGAGGGCAGCUAAAGAUGCUGAGGCAAGAUAUAAAGAUAUGGAAAAAGCCCGUGAGCUCGAAGUGCUAGUUUCUAAUUUAAAGGAUCAAAUAGCUUGGGCUCAAGUUGAAGAAAAAGAACAGGAAGUUGCAGAAGCAGAAGCAAAUUUGUUAAAGGCUAGAAGACGAUUACCAAGUGUUCAAGCAAAUCUAGAAAAAGAACAAAAAAAAUUUGAUGAAAUCAACUUGGUUAUUUCUGAAUUAGAACAGAAGCUUCAUGAACAUGCUACUACUACUCAGCCUUUGCAAAACAGGAAGAAAGAAUUGCAGAUGCAAGUAAAAGAGAAAACAAAGCAAUUGCGUGAGAUUCAUAAAGAGGAAAGAGAAAUAAAUGACCAUAUUAAAAAUUUGAAACAUUCUGUUGAAACAUAUCGAGCAAAGAUAAAUGAAGAAGCGUUAAAGUUACAAGAUGAUAAUCGCCAAAGGCGGGAUUAUACUUUGAAUGCUGUUAAAGAAAGAGAAAAUGAAGUCAAUAUACUAACAGAAGAACGUCACGUAUUGUUGACAAAAGCUGAAAAUUUAGUUGAGAAACUGGAACACAUAAAAAAUGAGAAGAGAUCAAUUAUGUUAAAUAUUCGACGUACUGAAGAUGAGAUUUUACGACAUAAUGAUCUUAUACAACAAUUAAGAGAUCAGAGGAGCGACAACCUUAAAGCCUUUGGUCCUUCGAUACCUGAUGUACUUAAUGCAAUUGCCCAUGAGAGUCGAUGGCAUAAGAUACCUGUAGGCCCUUUCGGGAGAUAUAUUAAACUAAUAAAACCCGAAUGGAGAAAUACCUUGGAAUCGGUGGUCGGAAAUUCUUUGACCGCUUUUUCUGUUAGUAAUCAUCAUGACCAACAACUGUUAUCAGGAAUUUUAAAAAGAUUUCACUGCAAUUCUCCAAUUAUUGUUGGUGAAGAUGACCGCUUUGAUUACUCUUCUGGAGAACCUAGCAGCCGUUAUUUGACCAUUUUACGCUUUGAUGAUGAAAAUGUUAAACGACGGCUUAUAGUUCAAUACCAUAUUGAAUCAGUUAUUCUUGUUGAAAACCGUGCUGAAGCUGAUAAAAUCAUGUAUAAUGAUGGAAAGGGGUUUCCUUAUAAUGUCAGUGCAUGCUACACUGUUGAUGGGUUCAAAGUUGGGCAUAAAGGCGGUGGCUACUCAACACAGUCUAUUUUUCCCUACAGAGGACCUUCCAGAUUUACACAAGAUAUUGAUUCUCAGAUUCGAGAUACACAAGAAAAAAUUAAUGAUGCAGCCUAUUUGAAGUCUCGGUAUAUCACCGAAAUAAGGAGAGCUGAUUCGGAAAUUGAGAGGGCGAAUCAAGAACAAAGGGAAAUCCAAAACAAAAUUAAUGAGAAUCAACGACGUGGAAAACAACUGAAUAAUGAAAUAAUUCAGCUAAAAGAAGAUCUACAGGAAGAUGAACCAGCAAAUAUUGCCGCAUUGGAAGAAGCAAUAAGAGAAGCUGAAAUUGAGAUAGAACAAUAUAAAAGAAAUUAUGCAUCACUUCAAGAACAAAAAGUGCAACUAGAUAACGAACAACUACCGCUAGUCACUGAAAUUGAGGAAGUGAGCAAACAACUUAAUGAUAUGUCGAGCGAAGUAGAUGUUCUUAAUGAACAAAUAGAAGAACAAGUAUCUAUGCGUGUGACUUGCACGAAUAAUAAGUCACAUUGGGAAAGAAAAAUGACCUCAGAGCAGCAAAAAAUCAAUGCUGCUGAAGAAGAUGUUAAGAAUAAGCAAUAUAUUUUAGAGGAUUGGACAAAGCAAGCAGCAGAUUAUUGUCCAGAACGUGUGGAAGUUACGAAGCCAGCUAAUGAAUUAGAUCGUGAAAUCAAGCAAAUUCAAACCCGUUUGCGGGAAAGGGAAAAAGAACAUGGUUCAAGCCUUGAAGAAAUAGCGUCAGAUAUGACUGUAAAGCGUGAUGCUUACCGACAUGCAAAAACAGAAAUUGGUCACAUGGAAAAAUUUAUUCAAGAUCUCAAAUUAGCUUUGCAUUCACGCAUGCAAAAGUGGCGAAAUUUUCGUACUUACAUAUCGGUUCGUGCAAGGAUUCAAUUUUCAUUUCAGUUAUCAAAACGUGGAUAUACUGGAAAAUUAUUGUUUGAUCAUCAGAAUAAAAAAUUGACUCUACGGGUCCAAAUCGAUGAACAAACAAACCAAAAUACUGAUAAAGAUCCAAAAUCGUUAUCCGGAGGAGAAAAAUCAUUUUCAACUAUAUGCUUGUUACUUGCACUUUGGGAGGCGAUGGGAUGUCCAAUCCGCUGUCUUGACGAAUUUGAUGUAUUCAUGGAUGCUGUGAACCGUAGAAUCAGUAUGCGUAUGAUGAUUGAAACGGCACGUGAUUCAGAUUGCACGCAGUAUAUCUUAAUUACUCCUCAAGAUGCUAGUAACGUUUCGCCUGGGCCGGACGUCCGUGUGCAUCGCUUGCAAGAUCCUGAAAGAGGUCAAGGAAUCAUCAGCUAG